CCUGCCCCUCCAUGAGCUGCUGUUCUGAUGCAGCCCAUGGUCAUGCAGGGAUGUCCCUACACGUUCCCACGAUGUCAUGACUGGCGGGCAGCUGACCAAUCCCAGCACAACGGUGGCCUCAACACCACCCGCCCCCAGCCUCAGGUUAGAGCCACAGCUCCGGCUUCUCAGGAUGGCACAGGGCCACCCUGUGUGAGGCAGCAAGUCCUGAACGGUGCCAUCGGGCCCUUGGAUGGUCCAGCCAUGAAUCUGUGUUGGAAUGAAAUCAAAAAGAAGUCCCACAACCUCCGGGCUCGACUUGAAGCCUUCUCAGAUCCCAGUGGGAAGCUGCAACCCCCUCUUCAAGAGAUCAUCGACUGGCUCAGCCAGAAGGAUGAGGAACUGUCUGCUCAGCUCCCACUCCAGGGGGCUGUGGCCCUGGUCCAGAAGGAAAAGGAGACCCACUCGGCUUUUAUGGAAGAGGUCAAGUCCCGAGGCCCCUAUAUCUACUCAGUACUCGAGUCAGCUCAGGCCUUCCUCUCCCAGCACCCAUUUGAGGAACUGGAAGAACCCCAUUGUGAGAACAAAGAUGCUUCCCCCAGACAGAAGAUCCAGAACCUCAGCCGCUUUGUGUGGAAGCAGGCGACUGUGGCCAGCGAGCUGUGGGAGAAGCUGACUGCCCGCUGUGUGGAUCAGCAUCGCCACAUCGAGCGUACCUUGGAGCAGCUGCUAGAGAUCCAUGGAGCCAUGGGGGAGCUGGGCAAUGCUCUGACCCAGGCUGAGGGCAUCCGGGCCACCUGGGAGCCCAUCGGGGACCUCUUCAUCGACUCCUUGCCAGAGCAUAUCCAGGCCAUUAAGCUGUUCACAGAGGAACUGUCCCCAGUGAAGGAAGGAGUGAAGCUGGUGAAUGAGCUAGCUCACCAGCUGGCCCUCUCUGAUGUGCACCUCUCCAUGGAGAACUCCCGGGCCCUGGAGCAAAUCAAUACUCGCUGGAAACAGCUGCAGGCUUCAGUUAAUGAACGGCUCAAGCAGCUCCAGGAUGCCCACCGGGACUUUGGGCCAGGAUCCCAGCACUUCCUGUCCACUUCUGUGCAGGUCCCCUGGGAAAGAGCAAUUUCACCCAAUAAAGUGCCGUACUACAUCAACCAUCAGGCUCAGACCACGUGCUGGGACCACCCCAAGAUGACUGAGUUGUACCAAACACUGGCUGACCUGAACAACAUCAAAUUCUCAGCUUAUCGGACAGCCAUGAAACUGCGCCGCGUCCAGAAGGCCUUACGUUUGGACCUGGUAACCCUGAACACGGCUUUGGAGAUCUUCAACGAGCAUGAUCUGCAGCCUAGUGAGCACGUGAUGGAUGUGGUUGAGGUCAUCCACUGCCUGACAGCCCUGUAUGAGCGGCUGGAGGAGGAGAGGGGCAUCUUGGUGAAUGUGCCUCUCUGUGUGGACAUGAGCCUUAACUGGCUCCUCAAUGUGUUUGAUAGUGGGCGCAGCGGAAAGAUGCGAGCCCUGUCUUUUAAGACUGGCAUUGCCUGCUUGUGUGGAACAGAAGUGAAAGAGAAAUUUCAGUACCUCUUCAGCCAGGUGGCUACCUCGGGCAGCCAGUGUGAUCAGCGCCACCUGGGUGUUCUGCUACAUGAGGCCAUCCAGGUGCCUCGCCAGCUGGGGGAAGUAGCAGCCUUUGGGGGGAGCAACGUGGAACCCAGCGUCCGCAGCUGCUUCCGCUUCAGCACUGGGAAGCCAGUCAUCGAAGCUGCUCAGUUUCUGGAGUGGGCCAACCUGGAGCCGCAGUCCAUGGUGUGGCUGGCCGUGCUGCACCGUGUGACCAUCGCCGAGCAGGUGAAGCACCAGACCAAGUGCUCUGUCUGCCGGCAGUGCCCCAUCAAAGGCUUCAGGUACCGGAGUCUUAAGCAGUUCAACGUGGACAUCUGCCAGACUUGCUUCCUAACGGGCAGGGCCAGUAAAGGAAACAAGCUCCAUUACCCCAUCAUGGAAUAUUACACGCCGACUACUUCAAGUGAGAACGUGAGGGAUUUUGCUACAACGCUGAAAAACAAAUUCCGGUCCAAGCAGUAUUUCAGCAAACACCCUCAGAGAGGAUACCUCCCUGUGCAGUCCGUAUUGGAGGCUGACUACAGUGAGCCGCCUGCCUCCUCCCCGAUGUUACCACACUCUGAUACACAUUCCCGCAUCGAACACUUUGCCAGCAGGCUCGCAGAGAUGGAAAGUCAGAACUGCUCCUUCUUUAAUGAUAGCCUGUCCCCUGAUGACAGCAUAGAUGAAGAUCAGUACCUGCUGAGGCACUCAAGCCCCGUCACAGACCGGGAGCCUACCUUUGGGCAACAAGCCCAGAACACCAUGGUUGCCGAUGACAAGGGGGAGCUGGAGAAGAUCCUGGCUCACCUGGAGGAUGAGAACCGGAUCCUCCAAGGGGAGCUACGCCGCCUGAAGUGGCAGCAUGAGGAGGCUGCUGAGGGCCCCCCCGACACAGCCCAGGACCCCCGCAAUGAGGAGCUCUUGGCUGAAGCCAGGCUCCUUCGGCAGCACAAGAGCCGCCUGGAAACCCGCAUGCAGAUUCUGGAGGACCACAACAGGCAGCUGGAGUCCCAGCUGCUGCGCCUAAGGGAGCUGCUGCUGCAGCCACCCCCUGAAUCAGAAGGCAAUGGGUCUGGGGGCUCCUCGCUGGCCUCUUCCCCACAGCAGUCAGAGGGCAGUCAUGCCCGGGAGAAGGAGCACACCACCCCGGACACUGAGGCCGCAGAUGACGUGGGGCAGAAAAGCCAGGAUGUCAGCCUGUGCUUAGAGGACAUCAUGGAGAAACUACGCCAUGCCUUCCCUAAUGUCCGAAGCCCGGAUGUCCCCGCCAACACUCUGCUGGCUUCCUGAUGGGUCCAAGCAUCCAUGCCAUACUCUGGAUCCCUAUCCUGGCUCUGGCCAGAUUCCCCUACCCCUGCCCCAACCAGGCCCACCCUGUUACCACUGGCCCUUCUCACUCACUCAUCCCCCCAUUGGGUUAGUAGGCUUCAGGCAGCA